GACUUUAACGGCUCAGUCGCUUCGCGCGUCUCUCGAUGGAAGGCAGUCUCAGACUCUCUCCAUCUCUAACUCUUUAAUUCAAACUUUUAUCGUGUGUGUAUGUUUAAACUUAAUUCUUAUCUCUCGCUAAUAACUUACGAUUUUUUUUAGUGAAAGUCGGUUUUUGAUUUUUGUCAAAUUUUGGGAUUUGUUUUACUUUCAAGUGAUUGACUCCGAAAAAAAAAAAAAAAAAACAGUGCAGAAUUCCGUCAUCCGGGUGAAGAAUUUCCGCGGUGGGAGAGACAGACGUCGGAGUGUCGGCGAUUGGAGAGACGAGCGGGUUGACGAGGACGUUUGUAUGCAAUAAAACGAGCGCAAACGUUCCACUGCGACAUUGGGCUCAAAAAGUAAAAAUAAACCGGCACGUGACGACGUUAUUUUUUGGCCGAAAAAACUCCGGGAAAUGAUUAUAAAAAAAAUAUGUACAUAACGGAAAAUUGAUUAUAUUUUAUCGAAGGAUUUUACAAAUAGGUGCCAGCAUAAUAAUCUUGUAAAAAAGUGCUUGAGUGUAAUUUUGUUUUAAAGUGGGUAAGAUGGAGACCGAAGAGCUCACGAGACUCGUCGAUGGGAUCUAUAAGAAUAUCCUGGACAAGUUCAACCCGGGAGCUAGGCAGCUAAUCAACGCUGGCAAGGCGUAUCUUAAGGCGCUACAUGGGGCAGCAGCAGCUUCUCGCGUCUACGUAGAUGCUUUGUCUCGUUUGGCCCGACAAGCGCAGUUGGGCACCUGGGGUGGCUCCCAAGAUGUUGGCUCCGCUUUGAUGAGAAUUGUUGAGGUCUACAAAGAAAUUCAAGAUCAAGAAAUGAAUAUUCUAAAAGCGUUCUACGUAGACUUGCUAGUACCCCUGGAAACGAACCUGGAAAAAGACACGAAAGUUGUGCAGAGUGAGCAGAAAAAAUUUCUUCAACAGCAUAAAACGAGGUCCGAAACUUACAGCAAAGCCGCGGCGACUAUGAAAAAACAAAGGAAAAAAUCACGUGGAGCGAGUAAGAGCGGAUUAGCCAUGGAUAAAGAAUUAAAGAACAUGCAGAUUCUUGAGGAAGAAAAAUCUAAACUCGAUGCUUUUUGUGAGCAAAGUCUUAAAAAUGCAAUGACCCAAGAACGCAGAAGAUACGGGUUCGUCCUGGAGCGACAAUGUUCACUAGCCAAACACUACGCGAGCUUUCACGAAGUUGCCUUGGCAGCUCUACAUCCUUCCGUGGACGAAUGGCGUGAAGUUGCAAACACUCGUGAAUAUUUGCCUCAAUCCGUGGAAGACAUGUUUGCAUCUCGACUUCGUCAAGUGUCUUUCUGGCCCGAGGACGAGGAAAACGGGGGUUCUGAACUGACCAUGAGUUCCCAGCUGAGAAAAACAAGAAGUAUGGACAGUUCCUGCCUGGAACUUCGUCUUGGUCCACCACCUAGCCACCCGCCCUCUUCUUUACACGCCGGAGCGCCCUCUCAUCUCUCUUCGGCGCUAUCAAGGGCAAGGUCAGAAGCUAAUCUCCAUGCCUCAAGCUUGUCGCUUGAACCAGAUAUACCAGAAACUCCACCGCGACCUAGAUCAAUGGCUCCGACAUCGAGAAACAGCGUGGUGGGUAGCACUAGCGGUGGGGGUGGAUCUGGAACUGGUGUUAAUUCAGGCGUAUGGGGUGAAGCUUCAUUAGCACGUGCACUUUUUGCUUACUUGAGUUCUGGGGAAAAUCAGCUGAGCUUUCUUGAAGGCGAUCUGAUUGCUCUAAUGGGUGAUCGUCAAAAAGGUUGGCAAUUCGGUGAGAAUCUCCGUACUCAAAGCUCUGGCUGGUUUCCGCUGGCUUACACUGAAAUUAUAAUCGACGAUAGUUUGGGAUCUCCGAGUCACGCAGCAAAUAACGGUCGGUCACCGGAACCAAGGGCGAUGCCACCCUGCAAGCCGCCGCCGUCUCGGCCGCCACCCACAAUCGACGAUCUCAGCAACGGCGGAAUAGGGAUAGGGAGCGGAAAUCCCUCAAGCAACAGCAACAGCAGCAACAACAACAACAUCGGAAACUCAAACACAAACACAAGUACUCCUACAAAUGUACCCAAGAGCCAUAGUUCUCACAGCGUUGCCACCCCUACAGGACGUCAGCCAAAAUCAAUCCGUCCAUCAGGAACCUUGCCAUCACUAUUAGCCGCCGGACGACGAGUCCAGCCCCCGAUGCCGCCCGUGCCACCCCCACAAGUGGUGACUUCUCUGCAUAGCAGCAAUGACAGCGGAUUUUCAAACGAGCCACCUGUGCAGCCCGACAUCGAUUACAGUGACGACGAGGCCAUGAGACAACGCCGCAGAAAAACCCGUGGGGAGCGUCUGGAGGCCGCUGAACGAGCGAUGCAGAUGAUGGAUAAGCAGGAGAAGCUGCAUAAACAACAAGGACACCGCGAGGAGAACGAGCCCGAUGACAAGGGCAAAGAUUGGCUGAACGAUUCAUGGAAGACGAUCCCUAGGGACGAAAAGAGCUGGCAGAUGUACAGGACAGCCAUGGACCUGUGGUCGGAGUCAAAAGAGCUAGACAAAAGAGACCUCGAGGGACCAAGCGGAAGGUACGGACCCUCUAGCAGACGGACCAGUGACAACUACGAGUCCCAUCAUUCCAAGGAAUACAAUUCUGAAUACGAAGCUAAAGACAAGCGCGACAAGGUGAGCAACGACCCCAGAAAAUCCAAGUAUGCACAGUCACGAGGCAGUAUUGAGCGACCAAGCGUUGGAAACAGCAACAAUCGCUACAUGAAUGGCAAUGAUCACCGCCUGAGAGAUCAAUCUAACCGUCGCUCUGCUGAAGGACGUCGUUCUUCUUCUCCAGAAGAAUUGAGCCGCGAGAUCGAAAUUGAUGAGUCCGAUGAAGAAAACAACCAAGAAAUGAACCAAGAUGAGGCAUACAAUGAAGACUAUGAAGACAAGAAGUACUACGAGAAUCAUCGUCGCCGAAAGCAUGAAGAUCGCCAUUAUUUAGCAGCUCACGAAGAAGGCAGUAAGUAUUCCAAUGACAAUCAUAAUUCCAAUAACAAUAACAAUGUCAGUAAUGACAAUAAUGAUGAUAAUGACAAGAGCGAAUCUGUCUCAUCUAAUUCGGACUCGGAGGGCACGAGCACAAUAACUAUUCCAGAAGUAGGCAGCAAGGUAGAACAUAUUGCCCAGAAACUUGAGCAAACAGCCCAGAAGUACGCAAGGGAGCACAGCCCUUCUAAGUUUACCGAGCGCAGACGAGAGGAUUAUCGUAAAAGUCUUGAACGUGAUGAGAAAUUGGUAUCAUCCGGGGCUAAUUAUGACAAAUAUGAACGUGAUACGCGUGUGCAGCGGUUUGAUAGGGAGAGAGAAAGGGAAAGGGAGAGAGAUAGGGAAAGGGAACGGGAAAGAUAUGUCGAUAAUAACAAUAAGAACAAUCAGAUGAAUUACGAACGUGAGAGAACCUUCGAAAAGAAUCCGGACCGCAAUAAAAAUAUCGAACGGCAUUCAAAUCGCAGAUUCGAACGACCUAAGCCGCCGUUUGAGGAUGCACCUGAACGGCCACGUGAGUUACCGCUACCGCGUAGGGAAAGACGCCAUUCUGACAAAGAGGAGAUUUAUGGCACUACUGGUUAUGGUGUCGAUAAAUUUACGGGGAGUUCCGAAGUUUUGGUCGAAAAGGAUCGCGGUUAUGAAUCUAAUUUUGAAACUAAGCUAGAGCGAAAUAAGGUACUGGAGAAGAUAGUUUAUGCGAGAAGUGACGUUGAUAAUGUGUCCAGGAAGAGGAUUGGGUAUAGUCCGGAGAGGAAUGAUAAUAAUAAUAACACUUUGAAGAGUGACAAAAAGAUUAGUCACCGUCCUCACACGACGUUGGGGCACAUUGUCGGGCAGUCUAGGUCUUUUGAUAAGGAAAUUAUGAGCAACAGUCCCAAAUUGAUCAAGCGGACCAAAUCUUUUUGGAGAUUUAGAAGAGAUUCGGAGGUUCUUGAAGGGAUGGCGCUCUGGCAGCAUCGGUCUCUUGUUGAUAUUCCUAAAACUUUGAAAAGAGAGCAAUCUAAAACAGAAAAUAUCAAUAACGGAAGCAGUAAUAAUGAAGAAGAGAUAAACUUGUCACGGAAAUCCAGUCCCAAUUCAGGGUCUAGGCGCAGCCCGAGCAAGGAAUCUCGGAGCAGUGAUAACACUAUUACUAAUGAGCAUUCUAACGACGUUCGCGAAGACCCAAAACCUGCAGAAAGGAACAUUGUUCCAGAAAAAUCUGAUUAUUACAAUGAUUUUCCAACACCGGCUGAGCGUCCGAAAGCUGUUGAGAGAUCCGAGUACAGAAUCUCCGGCCGCGAAGAAAGGACCUACUUUAGAGGCAUUUCGCGGAAAGCGAUUCUGGAGAACGAAAGAAAACGCAGUAUGGAGGCCAAAAGGAACCGGGUAGUCGCGGAACUUAAAGAAAAUAAUGAUCAGGGGAUGAAGAAAAGCGAUCGCAAUCACAAGGGCUCUUUGUACGGGGAAGACGAUGACGGAUUGAUUCAAAAUUUCACUGAAACAGAGGCCUCUGAUGAGGAAUCUACUUACAGCUGUAUUGUGGAGAAAGACCACCAGAUUACGGCUGAGAAAACUUUGCUGCCGAGGACCAAGCUUAGAAGGGACAGCGAUCGUGAAAGAGAAAAGAACACUUGCGGCCCUUGGUAUGACCUCUGGGGUGCUGAUACUUCUAUUAAUAAUAACAAUAACAAGAAUAUCAAUAAUAACAAUAAUAUCAGUAAUAAUAACAAUAAUAAGAAUGUUUCCAAUAACAAUAAUAAUAAUAACAACAACAACAAUAACAGUAACAGUAGCAAGAAAAAGAAGAAGUAAAGAGAUUGUUUUCUUUUGAUAUAUUUUAUAUUUUGUUUGCCUUAUUAUUCGUAUUUUUAAAUUGUUUGUAUGAAUUUAUAUUUUUUUAUUUGAAGCCAUAAUCCUUGUUAUGAAUCAUGUAAUAGACGCGCUGGUUAGUGCUAGAAUAAGACCUUUAUUUUUGUUAUUAGUUUAAGACUUGCAUUGCUUUUACCGUUGCGUUUACUUUCAAGGGACUCGCUCCUGAGAUUAAUGUUAAGUCCUUUCAGAAGCACCAAUGCCUUUGCGACGGUGAAACUCCGGAAAACAAAGACCAAUGAUCGCUCAGCGCCGGCACUGUGAUCUGUGUUUGCUAUUAGUUGAUACUUUUUGUUGUUAUCAUUGAUGUGCCACCGCUUAAGAUGUCUUUUAUCUACGAGAGAGAUAGACGGACAGUCUGGUGUACAAUGUUUGUAAAUUUUUAAAUGAUGUUGAUGAAUAAGUUAAAUAUUAUUGGCGAUAUCCGUCCAGCUAAUACACUACUGUGGAUUUAUCUGGAACAAAAUGGUGGUAGGUUUACAAUACAAUAUUGUGUCAAUGUAUAGCGGUCAUUUUUUAAAUGUUUGCUCUUGGUUCCGUCGUUGCAAAAUUUAAAGUUGGUGAUUUGAAAAUCGGUGGUCGUGAAAAAAUUUAAGAAUUUAUGCAAAUUAAUAAAUAAAAAAGAAGUAAUUAAUUAAUUUUGAAGAAUUUUUUAGAGCUAAAUAAUAUUUUAUGUUAUUAUCUGGAUUAUGGUCGGAUUAAUAAUUUAUUUGGUGUGAAAAGAUCAAGUUUUAAACUGUAUGGAUUGACGGGUAAAAGAUCUUCCUUGGGGGAAAAGAAACUUGUUAGUUUCUGGAUAUUGGAUUAGUUUCAAACUUUAUUUAACUCCUGUCAAAUGGACAUUCGUUUGUGUAACUUCAUAAUCAUCAAGGUGACAGACAUAGUUCUACAAAUAUGAUUGAAAAGAUAUUUAUAACUUAAAAGUAGGGGAGAAGUGCUGCAAUUGUAACAAAAAUUUUCAUUUUUUUUAUUCCAUUUGUUUUUUUUAAGAUAGUAAACUUAAAAACUGUCAGAAAGUUGGUUGAUAGUAUCUUUAAUGUGACUGACUUAGUUAAUUAGUAAAAAAUCAAUGUUAACUUAUUAAAAAAUUAAUUUAUUUAACUAAAGUCAGGGACCAAGAUGGCGGCGCACAUGGAUUUCAAUUGUAACCCAGUGCAGGGGCAUUUGUAACAUAGAACGAAAUAGAUAUUUUUCAUCAAAUUGCUUUUAUUAUAUAGUCUUAAUACGUACUAUUAUACUUCAUUAACUGUUAAAGUAAAGUAUUUAAACUUAUAGUAUAUCAUUUAUUUGGAUCUUUAAUAUAAAUUAUUAAACAUUUACAAAACUACACAAACUAAACCAUCUCAGAGUAGAUUUGUGGCGCAUCCAGUUUGCGCAGAUUUCAUACACGACUCUCAGUGUUACAAUUGCUACUCGUUCAAGUGUUACAAUUGACGCUCACGCUGAUCUGUUAAUAAAAAUCUAAUUAAUUACAAUAACAAAAAUCAGUAAAUUGAUAUGAAAUUCGAUUUUACAAUACUCUUGAUAUGUCUCUUAAAGUAUUAAUACAAGUCUCACAUCAUAACAUUAGAAAACAAAUUUGUUAUUAAAAAAAAUUGUGAAGCGUACAAACAAAAGUUUUCACGUGUAUUUUCAACAAUUCUCAAUAUUUUGAUAUCGGAACAAGAUUAAUAACUGAAACUUUGAUCUAAUCAAUAAAUUACUAUUUUGAAGAGGUUAAAAAAAGAAUAAUAAUAAUUUUUAGUUUUUUUGAUAGUUUUUUAUUGAAUGUUAUAAUUGCCCCUCGUUACAAUUGCAGCAUCUCUCCCCUACUGUUUUUUAUUCUUAUUAAAAUUCAAAAAUUCAUAUCUCGGAAAACAAUAUCCUUCUAAAAAUUUAAAAAAAUUUUAAGAUAGUUGGGUCAUGCAAGCAAAAUUUCAAGAAACCUUUCAAAGUUAUAAUAUGAGUAAUUAAAUGUAUAAUGAACAUGCUGUUAAAAUUUGGAGACGAUUUACCACUUCUAACCAAAGAUAAUUGCAAUUGAAAAUGACAUUUUUACAUAGGCGGUAUGGGA